AUGGUGAAGUUCAAGGGAAGUGGUAAAAAGGUUUCACUGAUCCAAUCCCUUGAUAAUAAGGUUUCAGACUUGAUAUACCGAAUGUUAGAUGAGAAAUCAUUAGCGAAACAGCGGAAUAGAGAACAAAAUACUGCCACUUGCAGUGAUAAAAGUGAAGAUGCAUUUUCUGAUAUCUCUUUGGCUUGUGACUUGCAGUUUAAUGAAGUUAUGGGUUAUGUUCAGAGUAAAGAUUUAUCUCUACAAAGAGUGAAGAAAGUGAUAUUAGAGAGAACUGUAGAUCGAGUUUUGAAGCAAGUUAUUGAGGAUGAAAAGAAUGAGUUAGGCGAUAUUGCUCACCCGGAAGAGCUAGAAUCUCCUUCCGUAGAAGUUGGAGCAAACGAGAUGAUUGCGGUGGAUACAAAUGAUAUGAACAGGAGUAUUACGAAGAAUUGGCAAGUUUCUAGUGCACCACCAACUCCAAAUACGAUUGACACAGAUGGUUCCAUCGAGAAAGAAUCCAAAAAGAACUCUGCCAAAAAGAGACCAACGAAGGAAGCUAGUGGUAAGACCAAGAGGCAAAAAAUGUACGAAGAUAGGUCUCCUCCAACAGCAGACCUCUCAUCAUUAGGUGGUAUGGAAGACGUAGUUGCCCAGCUAAUGGAAGUAGUAGGGCUUCCUAUACUUCAUCCGGAAAUAUUUGCAUCGACCGGUGUUGAACCGCCACGUGGCAUAUUAUUACAUGGUCCGCCUGGGUGUGGUAAGACCUCCAUUGCAAACGCACUUGCUGGUGAGCUACAGGUCCCGUUCAUAUCGAUUUCUGCACCAUCUGUAGUAAGUGGAAUGUCAGGCGAGAGUGAAAAGAAGAUACGUGAACUAUUUGAAGAAGCAAAAUCAUUAGCUCCAUGCCUUGUCUUCUUUGAUGAAAUUGAUGCCAUCACUCCUAAAAGAGACGGAGGCGCACAGAGGGAAAUGGAAAGGAGAAUCGUUGCUCAAUUGCUGACCUCUAUGGAUGAGCUAUCAUUUGAAAAGACUGGUGGUAAACCUAUUAUUGUCAUCGGUGCAACCAAUAGACCAGACGCUCUAGACGCUGCUUUACGUCGUGCUGGAAGAUUUGAUAGGGAAAUAUGCCUAAAUGUUCCAAAUGAGACAUCUAGAAUCCAUAUAUUGAAGAAGUUGACAUCAAGAUUAAAAAUUGACGGAAAUAUUGAUUUCGUAAAGUUAGCAAAGCUUACUCCCGGUUUUGUCGGUGCUGACUUGAAGGCGUUGGCAACUGCCGCUGGAACUUGUGCUAUCAAAAGAAUAUUCCAAGAUUAUGCUACUGUUCCAGAUGAUAGUGAAAUGGAUCUUGACACCGAACCAAUUCAAAAUCAAUUAAAGAACACGGCUGAUAUAAUCGAGCCUCUUCCCUUGUCUACAGUUCAAAAAUUCCUACGAACAUUUCCAGAACCUCUAACCGAUCAGCAAUUACAAUCUCUAUCUAUUAAAUACGAGGAUUUCUUGAAGGCACUACCUACAAUUCAGCCUACAGCUAAAAGGGAAGGGUUUGCUACUGUUCCUGAUGUAACUUGGUCUAAUGUGGGUGCAUUAUCUAAAAUCCGUAUCGAAUUGAAUAUGGCCAUUGUUCAGCCAAUUAAAAGACCUGAAUUAUAUGAAAAGGUGGGUAUCUCAGCACCAGCAGGGGUUUUAUUAUGGGGUCCACCAGGUUGUGGUAAGACAUUGUUGGCUAAGGCGGUUGCUAACGAAUCUAGAGCUAAUUUUAUUUCAAUUAAGGGCCCUGAAUUAUUGAACAAAUAUGUUGGUGAGUCUGAACGUGCAAUCAGGCAGGUAUUUACUAGAGCACGUGCAUCUGUCCCUUGCAUUAUUUUCUUUGAUGAAUUAGACGCAUUGGUUCCUAGGAGAGAUACAUCAUUAUCAGAAUCAUCGUCAAGAGUCGUGAACACUCUUUUAACGGAACUAGAUGGUUUAAAUGAUAGAAGGGGUAUUUUUGUUAUAGGUGCUACGAACCGACCUGACAUGAUUGAUCCUGCAAUGUUGCGACCAGGUAGGUUGGACAAAACGUUAUUGAUAGAAUUGCCUGACGAGACCGAGAAGUUAGACAUCAUAAGAACACUGCUAAGGUCCAAUGGAACGCCAUUAAGCCCAGACGUUGAUUUAGCUGCCAUUAUAUCAGAUUCUCGUUGCAGGAAUUUUUCUGGUGCAGAUUUAGCUGCAUUAGUGCGAGAGAGUUCAGUUUCUGCUUUGAAAAGGAAGUUCUUCAGUUCGGACGAAAUCCAUUCCGUCCUUGAUAAUAAUUUAGAGAAGGAGUUUGAUGAUUUAACUGUUGGAGUUCCAUCUGGCGACGUUUUGGUAACAAUGCAAGAUUUUGAAUUAGCUCUAAGGAAAAUCAAGCCCUCUGUCAGCGAUAGAGAUAGAUCGAAGUAUAACCGUUUAGGAAAGAAAAUGGGAUGGAAUGACGAUGUAGAAUUUCAAGGAGAUGGUGACAAAGCAGAAAAGAAUGAGCCAUUGGACAAUUAA